AUGACACUCCGAACCCUAGAGAAAGCAUUCAGCAGCGGAGUUGCAGUGAUUACAGGAGCUGGAGGAGGGUUGGGUUCCGGUCUCGCACGGCAUAUCGCAUCAUUCGGGAUGACUGUCAUUAUCGCUGAUAUUGACCUCAAACGGGCAGAGGAAGUUGCCUCAGAUAUCAUAGCCGCGAAAGGAAACGCUGAAGCGAGGGCUAUUGACGUAUCUCGGCCAGAAGAGCUGGAUGCACUGGCUGAAUACGUUCACACUCGCUACGGAGAUGUUCAACUGCUCAUCAACAACGCGGCAAUUGAGACACUUGGACUGCUGAAUACUGGUAUCUUUGAUCAUGCUAAGCACGAUACCUCAACGGUUGAUCUGGAUUGGGAGAAGCAUCGAAAGUCAAUGGCUGAGCUGGCGCGGGAGAAGGGAAUGGGCAUCUAUGAAGCGAGUCGUAUCAUCGUGGAACAGAUUGCAGAGGGGAGUCUCUGGGUGUGUACCCAUCCAGCUAUCCUGACUGAGAUUUUGCAACAGAGGAUCCAGUAUUACGAGGGCCAGGAAGAACCCAAUGUUCCACCAACAUAG